AUGCAACAACUAUUAAAUUGUCUUAUUGAUAAAGAUAUGAUUCUUCAAAGCGAUGGCACUCUAUACAUUGGAUCUUUUUACCAAUAACACUUGGAGGGCUAUAGUUUGGUAAUCAAUCCAGAUGGAUCAUAUUAUUAUGGUUUAUUUAAGAAAUCAAAACCAAAAGAUGUAGGUCUAUAUAAAUUGAAAAACUCUUGUCUUAAGAUAUUUUGGGGAGAGGAUGACUCAAUUAAAAAGGUUGAAGACAUUGAAAAUAUAGGCUUUUUGCAAAAAAUUAUAACUUUUAAGAAUAAUUGUUAUGGUAAUAAAAUACUCAUCAAAAUUAAUCCUUUGACUUAUGGUGUUGCUAAAAACUAAAAGUGUGAUGGAUUUACAGUCAUGCAUUAUAAAAAUGGAGAUAUUUAUUAUGGCAACAUCAACAAAGGAAAAUAGAAUGAUGAAGGCAUUCAUUAUAAUAAUUACUUUUAGGAAUGGUAUUGGAAUAAGUAUGCCAACGGAAAAUUAAUAUCUCAUCAACUCUACGGAAAGAAUCUUGUACUAUUUAUCAAAAGAAAUCUAAAAUUAUAUAUGUGA